CAAGAGGGCGGUGUUCUAAGCAGCGACGAAGAUGAGAGUAGCGAUCCACGCGGUCCUGGUGGAUCGGCCAUUCCUGACAUCGAGAGAUUUACUGGAGUUGGCAUCCGUGUCAGUUUUACCGGAGACUCGGCCGACAUGCGCGAUAUGAAUCAGCUGUCGGGUGGACAGAAGUCAUUGGUAGCGCUGACUCUUAUCUUUGCCAUCCAAAAAUGUGAUCCUGCGCCUUUUUAUCUCUUUGAUGAGAUCGACGCCGCUUUGGAUGCUCAGUAUCGUAAAGCAGUUGCCGAUAUGAUCCGCGACCUCAAGUCCGAGGCUCAAUUUAUUACGACUACCUUCCGACCCGAACUCCUCGAGUCCUCAGAAAAAUAUUAUGGUGUAAAAUUUAGAAACAAGGUAAGCCACAUUGAGUGUGUUACCAAGGCGGAGGCCCUCGAUUUUGUUGAAGACGACCAAACUCACGGCUGA